CCGCGGGUUGGUGGGAAACGGGGCUCCCGCCGGGGCGGGGAACAGCCGUAAAGUGCGCCGCGGCUGUCGUAAAGAUCCGGGAAAAUGUCGUGAAGUGCGGUCGGCGGGGCCUGCGGCGGAGAGAGUGACCGGGUCCGGCUCCCCGCACUUAUAUGCCCCGUCCCCUGGCGGCUGCCUCCCCCUCCUGCUCCAUGUGGGGCCCGGGCCGGGCUCUCGGCCUCUCCUCCUCCUCUUCCUCCUCCUCCUCCUACUACUAUGGCCCGGAAAACAGUUAGCAGGAAGCGGAAAGCGGCGGCCGCCGCCGCCGCCGCGGGGCCCGGGGGGCUCCAGGGGGAGCAGUAUGGGUGGGAUCACUCAGUUCACAAAAGAAAAAGACUACCGCCAGUGAAAAGGUCUCUGGUGUACUACCUGAAAGGUAGAGAGGUGAGGAUGCAGAACGAGUCUAGCUACCACCGCUUGUUGCAUGGAUAUGCAGCCCAGCAGCUUCCCAGUCUCCUGAAGGAGAGAGAAUUUCAUCUUGGAACCCUUAAUAAAGUGUUUGCCUCCCAGUGGCUGAACCACCGGCAAGUGGUGUGUGGGACAAAAUGCAACACAUUGUUUGUGGUAGAUGUCCAGACUGGUCAAAUCACCAAGAUUCCUAUUCUGAAAGAUCGCGAACCUGGCAUGGUGAACCAGCAGGGCUGUGGUAUUCAUGCCAUUGAACUCAACCCCUCGAGGACCCUUCUGGCCACAGGUGGAGACAACCCCAACAGUCUCGCAAUUUAUCGUCUGCCUACACUUGAUCCUGUCUGUGUGGGAGAUGAUGGGCACAAGGACUGGAUAUUUUCAAUUGCAUGGAUCAGUGAUACUAUGGCUGUUUCUGGUUCCCGGGAUGGUUCGAUGGGUCUCUGGGAAGUCACAGAGGAUGUGCUGUCCAAAAGUGAUGCCAGGCAUAAUCUCUCUCAAGUUCCUGUCUAUGCCCACAUAACGCACAGGGCUCUGAAGGAUAUUCCCAAGGAGAACACCAAUCCUGACAAUUGCAAAGUUCGAGCAUUGGCUUUCAACAAUAAGAACAAGGAGUUGGGAGCUGUGUCCCUAGAUGGAUAUUUUCAUCUCUGGAAAGCAGAACACACACUAUCAAAGUUACUUUCCACAAAGUUGCCAUACUGCAGGGAGAAUGUGUGUUUGGCUUAUGGUCAGGAGUGGUCGGUGUAUGCAGUAGGAUCACAGGCACAUGUCUCCUUCCUGGAUCCAAGGCAGCCUUCUCACAAUGUUAAAUCCGUCUGCUCCAAAGAACGAGGCAGUGGUAUUCGAUCAGUGAGCUUCUAUGAGCACAUCAUCACGGUGGGAACAGGGCAAGGUUCCUUAUUGUUUUAUGAUAUCAGAGCCCAGCGGUUCCUGGAUGAAAAGCCUCCGCGUGCCUGCUACGGCCAGAAGCAGAAACUAGGUGGAAGUGAAAUUCUGAAGUUGACUACUGGGAAAGGUUGGCUGAAUCAUGAUGAAACCUGGAGGAAUUAUUUUUCUGAUAUUAAUUUCUUCCCAAAUGCUGUUUACACCCACUGCUACGACUCGUCUGGAACGAAACUCUUUGUGGCAGGAGGCCCCCUUCCAUCAGGACUUCAUGGGAAUUAUGCUGGUCUCUGGAGCUAAUAACUCUUUACAAAUGCUGAUCUUUACACAGAUUUCCACUUUUCCUUUUUUUAACAAAGAAAUUGUGUGAUGCCAUUGAUUUCUGAUUUAAAUGCAAGUUAUUUUUUGGCAGAGUUUUCUGUUGGUCUCCAACAGUUUUGUACAUCUUUUUGAACCAGUUUUUUGCUUUAACCUCCUUGAUCCUUUAUAUGAAGGGUUUUUGAAAUCCCUUUUUAUUGUAUUUACUCCAAAUGACUCUUUCCCCACAUUUAGGCUAUCUUGGCCAUAUGCCCCCUCCCCUACUUUGCCAUGAGGUAGGAUUCCUUUCUUAUAGAGUGGUUGCUCCUGGGCUUUCUGUGAAAGUCUAGGGGCUGUGUAUGUGCAGGUACUUUGUCAGUUACAUUACCUGGAGUGAGGACUACUUGUAAUUAAAAAAAAAAAAAAAUAGUAAAAAUAUUUAUAAGAGAUAAGCUACUACUUUAUCUGCAGAGCCUGGCCCAGGCCUGAGUUGAUCUUAUUUUUUAAAAGUACAAGUCUAAUGACACUGUUUAUAUGUAGAGGAAUACAGUAAAUUUCAGCUGUACUCAUUGGAACCCAGGGACGGAUUCCCCAGGGGUAUUGCCCAUCAAGCCCAAACUGCAGCAGUGUAUCUCAGCAGUGUAUUUGAAUUGUAGUUUUCACCAGUGCCAGGAGCAAAACUUGAUCUUCUGUUUGUUCUCUGCCUAUCCCAGGUAUCAGCUUGCACAACUGGAGUUUCAGGGUAGGCUGUUCUGCAGCAUGGCUAUUGCAGGGCAACAUCGCAUCAAAACUGAGGGUUGAGGCUUACUAGAGGUGCGAUGAGGAAAUGGGGGCUAGGGAUAUGAGUUGUCUUGUCAAUAAAUGAGUUAACCGUUUCCCAGAUGAGCUAAGGCUCCCAAGCACACUGCUGUGGUAGCUCAUGGGUUCCUGAUAGUCUGUCUAAAACCCAGGAUCUUUUUUGUCCCAGGUGAGGAAGCUUUCUCAGCCCCACUUUAGCUCUUCUGGUUAGUUGUUAGGAGAGUUGUUAGCCAGCACCUCUAACAAACCAAUGGAAGAAAUAAAUUGUUAUUUUCCCUAAGGUUGAAAAGUGUAUCUCAGACUUUCCAGUGCAGGCUAGAAGCUUACCGUGUAGUAAGAUAACUUGCCAUUAGCUCAUGUUUGCAUUAGCAUCUGUUGUCAUCCUGCUUGCUAUAGGAGAUACUCAGCCUUUCCCCAGAGUCCCCUGCCUUCAUUCUGUAUUCAGACUGCCUUGAACUUCACCUGGGAUUGUGGGUGGGGAGAAUAGGUGUGUGCACUCCUGGAAGAGGAGGAGGAUCUUAUCCAGUACUCAGCUAAAACACAGGGCUCCAGGGUGCUCCUCCUGGUCCUCUACCAGGCAGUAGGAACUUUGGGCUUCUCACUGAUGCUUCCAUCCUCUGCUGGGAUGAAUGCCCUUCUCCUGUCCCUAUCACUGGCGGAGCAGAGAACGUGCCUGUGCCUAUACCUUGGCUGCUUUUGUGCCAAAUGGGCAGUUCGUUGAAGCUGAGAAAAAAGACAAGGUGGGGAGACAUGCUGUUUUCCUGUCUCAGCUGGAGAGUACAGCCACUGUGGUAGAGUAGCAUGAGUCCCUUAAGCAGUUUCUGCCAGAUUUAGUGCAGCUAGUCUGCCCAUGUCCUUAAAGGCCCUCUUGUCUUUGCACUGAGCAUCUCCAUCAAUAAUGCCAAGCAGUGAGGCUCUGGCUUCUUUUCUAUUUGGUAGUGAAGUUGACUUGGAUGAAAAUCCUGUAAGUAAUGCAGUUCCCUCCCAUCUGGGUGGCAGUCAGGGCAAGUGAAGAGAUGUGCAGCUGUUCCAGAAAUAUAAUUUACUUAAACUGAGUCCUGACAUCGGUGCUUGACAAAGAUUUUUGCUGCAUUUCAUAAUUCUACUUCCCUUGUGGGUUGGCUGCUUAAACUGAAUCAGUUCACAGCACUGUGUGCCUGGCUAUUCAGGUUUUUCUCAGAAAAGUGGCCAUUACAACAGCAGUGAAUGAGCUCUCCCAAAUUCUAUUUUAUUUAGAGUUGUUCAUUGAUUUUAAAUAAUAUUGUUGCAUUUAGGUUGUUCUGUGACAGCAAUGUAUUACUUUGGUUAUUUUAGAGGUUUUGGAGAGGGGAUAUAGGCAGAGAAAAAACAAAUUCUGAAGUAUGGCAGGAUGUGUGUUUCUGGGAUUACUCCUUCAGCUGCUGUAUAAGAUUACUCCUGUUGCAGGAAAUUCUGCUCAGCUCUUUUAUUUGGGCUUGAUUGGAGUGUGGGUUUCUUUUUUGUCUCUUUGAGAAAGUGGACCCUUGAGUCUACUUCAGCCUCCUUCAGUUUUUCAGAAACAACAGUUAAUAGGUAGGCACUUAGUGUCACUGGUGUCAAAGGAGACUUGUGGUCUGGAAAUCCUAGCCCUGAUGUCGAUCUAUUAAAUUUGAACACUUCAGGUCUGGGCAGGGGGACAAAGAGGGGUUCAUAUGGCCUGAGCUUCGGCGCCCAAAUUUGGAGACUGAUCUUCCUAGAGUCAGCUGAGCCUUUUGCUGCAGAGGACAGCUCAGGACCUCUGUGAUAUUGAUUUCCCCAAGGUACCUUAAUUUGUGGUCCUAAAGCUUGGUGGUUUGAGUGCCCUUUUCCUCCUUUUUCCUCCCCUUUUUCUGCAUAGGAAUCUUAAGACAAUUCUCAGAAUCUGGACAAUGCUGUAAAAUCCCUUUGAGUUUCACAGGCUUCUGUCUAUUCUGCUUUCAGUGUCCCGUCCCCCCACCCCCCAGUAACUUCUCACAUGGAGGGAGCCAUCCUUGUUGCAUUGUGGGAAAGCCCAUAAAAACUAGAAACAAACUAGAUAAGUGCUAUCAAGCAUUUGAGGCAGAGAGAAUUUCAAUUCCAGUCUGUUUCAGUGAUUUUAAAUGCUUGUAACAAUACAGACAUGUUUCAGAAUAUCUUGUGUUGGGUGUCCUUUUAAGGUAGACACACGAGCCCUUCAGGCUGAAGUCAUGUCAUUUUAAAUCCAUUCACUGGUAGAAACUGAGGCAGGGAAAGGAGAGGAUAUGCCAGCUAUCCAAGUGUAAGGUAUAGGAAAAAUGGAAGAAGAACCCAGACUUUCUCACUUGAUGCAACUGUGUUGCCCUACUGAUUUAGGUGUCAGAACUGAAAUCUAGGGUCAUGGUGAGAAAGGCAGAGGUUUCCAAAUGAAGUAUGGGAGAGGUGGUACAGCAAGGAGUCUCCGCUCAGCAUGAAGGUGAGUAGGUAGGCAUAUCUCAUCAUUCAAAUGGCAGUUGCACCCCUGUGAUAGGUGGAUUUAGUCUGACUACACUCAGCUUAAACAGCUCACUGUGCUGUGUUGAGACCCAGUGGGAUUUGAAUUUUCAGACUGUCUUAACUUUCACAAUGUUUCUUAACGAUUUCUCUCCCUCAGUCUUUCCUGUCCUCCUUGAAUGAUUUAUUUGUGGUGCCUCUUCCCUCCCAAAUCAUCCCAGUCUUUAUCGCAGCAAUAUUGUACUUGCAGGGGUGACCUCUGUCAAACAGAAAUGGGCCUGCUAGCAUUUGGACAAGCCAUGUUUGAAACCUUCAGUUUGCUUUGUUUUUAAACUAGACUAGGCUAAAGCUAGAACUGGGCAGUUGCCAUUUUGCAUACUAGCUGACUGAUGGGGUUGGAAAGGGAGGGAAACCUUUAAUCGUGAUAGAAGACUGUCAGACUUCUCUUUUUUUUUUUCUUGCUAUUUGGCUUUUCAGUAAUGCAGGAUCUUAGGUGCUGCAGUUGAGUGUAGCAAGCAGUUAAAUUUUACCACUCAGUUCUUUUCACUAGACUAGCAUAUUAAUUUGGGGUAUUUUGGUAUAUUUGGGUAUUAUACUUUCAAUAUUCACAUGCAAUCAAGCUAAUAACUUAGGGGUUCAGUAGUACCCAGCUCAUGAGUAACUGGGUAGCAGCCCCUUGAUAGCUAUCAGUAUUAUGUGAUGGACAUUCCUGAGGAAGCAGAAGCUGCUUUGCCAUGUUAGCCUGAGCAUAGCAAUGAGGGUUAUUCACAGCCUCUUUCACUAAACACCUGAUUCUUGGUAAUUCCUGUAGCCUUUCUCCUUGUAUAGUAACGUCAGCCAAGGAAGAAUCGCUGCUGUUCUCCCCAGGUGCUUAAGGAAGUGAGUGAACUGCAGUCCAUUUCUGCUUGGUUCCCUCAUCAGUCUGCUGGUGUUAGUCCAAGGUGAAUAAAUUACGAAAGAAUAGUAAAUAGGUGUUUGUUCCUAGUUUCAAUUGUUCUUUUUACAUGUAGAUCCAUUUGAAGGCACAUUGCAGGAGCACCCAGUGAUCUUGUGGAUUUAGUCUGUCCACAAAGGUUACGUUUACACUGUGGGUGAGACUUGUGACUGACUUAAUGAGGGAGGCCCCUCAACUUCACUGUGGGGAAAUGUUUGCCACCUCUCUUUGAAAUCUUUGGUAAUUUUUAUAUCUUAAGGAUUAAGAGACUUGUAUCAGUUACUUUUCUUUAAAACUUCAUCCUCUUCUGUCAUCUGAGCACUUGCUUUGUACAAAGCUUGUAGCUGCAGAGACUAAGAUUAAAGUUAUGAUCCAGCUAUGUCAAGUGGUGGAUUUGUCUUAAUUUUUGUCCCUCAGCUGAGAAGCACUAGCUGACCUUGUGAAUGAAUGUCCCUCACUUGGUGCAAAUGUGAAAUAAAGCAGGUUUGGUUAGACUGUUUGUGGAAGCACCCAUUUUAUUUGUUUGCAAGAAACCAAGAACAGAUGGGCUGUCAGUCAUUGUAUCUCAGCAAAGGAGCAGCAUCUUCCAGCAGCCAAGUGGGAACUCAGAGAUGUAUUUGUGGUAGUCUGAUACCAUUAUUUUCCUUUAAAACCAUUUUUCCAUGGUGUCUGAAGUGCUCUUAAUUAGUCACAGCAGUGAUUGCAGCAUAAGCUAAAUUACUGAACUUGAGUAGAGCUAAUAUGCAGGAAGGCUGCUGAAGAGCUGUGUGAAAUGCAGACCAGAGUUGAUACUCUGCCUAGCCCAUGCUGAACCCUGGACUACUCUGCUAGCCAUACACAAAGUCUCUAAUUUCAAGCCAAGUGAAAAUACACCUGUGUGCACUGCUGGCCAUCCUGCAGCUACAGCCUAUGGUGUGACUUCAACUCAAAGUGCAAUUGUCUGAGUGUUGCACCAUCUUUAGUAACUUACAUCUCUGAAGAACAGACACCAAGAGUUUGUCCAUGCUCUAGAUGGGGGGAGUGGAAAGGAGAAUACAGCUGCACCUUGUUUGAAGGGUUCUCCUGCAUGUGGUCUCCCUUGGCUUUGCAAGUGGGCACUUCAGUGGGAAGGAUAGACAAGAGGGUACCAGAAAAGAGAUGAAGGCCCAAUAAAAGGGUUUAGUAUUCCUCUUGAGACACCUGAGGAGUUAAGGCAGAGCAAGAUGCCUCAUCAUUGCUCAGGAGGUACUUUGUAAAAGGGCUGAAUCUAAAAUGUAUUUUCAGAGAGACCAAGUAGAUCUCCAUUUCAUUCUUCUUUUCCCAUGUGUAAUUUUCAAGGAUUUAAAUUAGGAGGCAUCCUCCUCUUUGUUUGCAAUGCUGGGUUUCUUCAUCAAAACCAUCUGGUACUUAGCUAACUGACAGAAUGCUCUUGACAGAAAGGAAUCUUCCCAGUUAAAAAUGGAGUGCCAUUUUCUGAUAGCCUCUCCCUCUAGUAUUGUGCUGGGACUGGUCUGGUCCAAGGAAGUACACACAGAUCUAAAACAGAGUGCCAGGGUUGGUGGAGUUGGGAAAUUCUGGCCUGCCUGACCACUUCUGGACCCCCCCCUCCCCCCCCCCCCCCAAAAAAAAAGUAAAAUACUUGAUUAUAUACAAAUUCUGGUCAUUGAAUUAAAAUCAAAAGAGGGAUGUAUAAUACACUUGAAGCAGUGUGGUAUGUCUUUACAGCCUUAGAUGUUUUUUUUUCUUUCCCCCUGCCCCAACAAAAAUUGUGAAGUCAAUGCUUUGUUUUCUUGGGAACUGCUUUUUUAGAUUCCCUUGUUAAUAGGGAAAAUUCAGGUGCUGAAUCUUACAUCUCAUUAAACUUGUACUUUUUAUGUGCCCGCUCACUUGGUUUCCUUUCCCUUUCAAGGCCUCCCACAGUCUCAGGGUAUAUAAAUCACUAUGACUCAUCCAAAUAAUAACAAAAUGGACCAACCAGAGGUUAAUGUGCCUUUCUCUUAUGGUACCUUGAUCUUUGUAAAGUUAUCUCACAAACUCAUCACUGUCUUAGGGCUGGGUACAUGCACUGUCUUUUUCUAAGAUGUACGUGUUGAAGUUGCAACAGGUUUGUGCUGUUAAUCAUGAUUCAUUUGCUUUAGGAUGUGGUGUAGACACAAAUCAAAUGCACUGGUUUGUCUGGGGAUCAGUCUUUCCUGUGACAUCUAACAGUGCUUGCCUGUAUGUUAACAUGUACACAAAUGCUGGAUCUUCCCCAUUGCCUAUGAUGUACUUGUAUAUGAUGCACAGACUACUCAAGGCAUUUCAAAAUGUGCGGUGAUCACAACUUGUUGUCUGAGGGUAGGCUGUCCUACAGUGAACUGUUUUUUGUUUUGUUUUCCAAAUAUAUUUAAAGAUCCAAAGCCUUGGUGGGGGGAUCAGGACUUGCUGACACUUGUUGGAUUUUGUUCUGAAUCCAAGGUCUGAUGUUUGUUAACAACUCUUGCAAUUCCACCCAUCUAACAGAGCCUUUCUCAGCUUGCUAUUUCUGUCAUGAGCUGUGUCAGAAACAGCACUGGAUCCUGAACUAUCAUAGAAGCUGUCAAGUGAAGUAGUAACAGCUCUCUUUAAAUGCAGCGCAUGUGUUCUUAAAUGUAAGGCAAAACUGUUUAAAACUAUUGAUGCAGUUGGCAAAUGAAGCUGUGGGAAGUUGCAGAUAGAAUGCAAAACUAACCUGUCUGCAUGUACAGCUCGAGUGUUCAGCAGUAUCUUGUAAAUUGUUUUUCCUCUCUGAAAAGUGACUUUUUUGAGACAAAGACAUUACAUGUUUGGCUUUAUUUCUUAUGUAUCUUUGUUCUUGCAAACUCAAACUGAGAUCUGGAAUUUGGGCCAGGUUUCUGCCUCUUUUGCUGUUAGCAGAGGAUGGUGUGAUUGCUGCGAGAUACCCCUUCCCAGUUCUAAGCUUAAUCUGCUCAUGAGAGUAUGGAAAUAGGAACACUUCCUCGAUUGUGGCCUUAAAUGGGUAUGCAUAUACAUAAAUUAGGUACAGAAUUCUUCUAGUCCACGAGAUUACUUUUGUCUUAAAAUCAACACAAUUAGUCAUCAAUGUACUGACAUUAAUCACUGGUCAAGGAGCUUUAGUGUAUGUGUAUUUCCUGUUCUAACUGUAUCUUUUCUCUGUACCUCACUGCAGAUUUAAUCUGAAGUUCUUUUUUUAGUUUUUGCUAACUUUGGUGUUUCUUAAAAUUCAGUCAAGUCCCAUCUUUAUAUGCAAUCACUUUUCAGAGUAGAACAGAUUGGUUUCACCUUAUUUUGUAAUCUUCAGCACUUUCUUCUUUCCCAUUUACCUUUCCCUAGUUUACCUUUAAUAAUCAAUUCAAAGCUGUUUGCCUAGUCUGAAAAACAUCAAGUCAUAAUAAAAAGAUGUGGCCCACCAUAGAAAGAUUACUUUGUUCUUUUACUGUAAACAGUUACUGUCUGGCUGAAUCAAAAGUGGUGACUCCCGCUCCUGCAAAAUCUGCAGAAGCUGCGAUUCUCUUGCAUCCAUAUUGCACAGUUGAUGUCAGCAGGUGUGGAAGCAGAGGUGCCCUGCUUCUGCAUCUAGUAUUUGUUAAACUGAUCCGUGGUGUGCUAGUCAAGAGCAUUGCACCCUUGGCUCUUUUCUCAAGGUCAUAACUGAAGACUGAUACAGGGGGCAGAAAGCAAAAGGCUCAUCACUGACUUUCUGCUGACUCUUGAUGCCAUUUGAAGGGUCUCUCCACAGAUAGUUUUUCUUGCAAAAUUGAUGGGUUAUGAGAAAACUGUACUACUAAUCAUAGCUAAACUCUGACCCUGUGCUUAAAUGGCCACAGUUUCUGUAACUGGCUUUGGCCAGUGGUAUUACCAAAAGCUGGCUGUGUUCAGAGAUGAGCUGGUAUUUGAAUGUUUGAGCAAUGGAAGCCUUGAGGUUUUGCUCCAUCAUGCCUUAUGCUUAUAUAUAUGACUGCACAUUAGUUAAUUCUAGAGUAUUUCAAUGGAAACUGCUGGUCAUCCAUCUUCAGAUGAGGUGUGAAGAUGGCAUGGGGAAGAACCAGCUCUUCACUGGUCAUAGUCACUCACUCUCCCCCUUGUCACUCAACGUUCCUGACUUGUCUCUUCUCUUUGUUUUCAUGAUUGAUUAAGAGCACUGUGCUUUACUGCUGCCACCAGCCACCUCCAUAUGCUUCCUGCUGGGAUGAUGGAAUGAAAGGGCCUUGUCUGCUGGUCUGUCCACCUGGCUGUUCAUUGAAUUAGCACUGGCUAUGUGUGCAGGGGUGUAAAUGCCACCUGGGAUUUACUACUUCAGUUGGCUGCUCUCCAGGUGGCGCUCACAAUGCAGGUGAUAGUGGGACCAUUGCUAAAAUGUCUGGAUUUAGAAAAAACUUCUAACAGGCUCUGUCACUCUUGUUCAAAUGCUUUGUCUCCAUUCUCAGCCUCUUGUCCUGGCCUCACUCCCUCCUGGCCACCCUCUGCCCCACUGGACUCAAGCAUGUUCCCUGUUCUCUACCAGUUCUGCAAAGCCUGGGGGCAUGUGUUUAAGCUGCAUUUUGAGACUUCUGCACCCACUUAAGCAGUAACUUACUGAAUUGGGGCCUUGCUUACAGGCUCCCUAUUCAUUUUACCCAGCUCUGGAUAGCGCUCUGAACUGGUAUCCUCCUUUCAAUCUGAAGGGCUUUGCUCUAAACUCAUUCCUGCUCCACAGAGGAGUGAGUUCCUGCACUACUGGCUAUUUCAAUUAGGUUGUUCUUAUUUGCCCCUUAUUUAUUCUGGGGUUCACUGCAUAUGUACAAAAUGCUAUUGACUUUUUUUCCUCAACUUUCUCCUGAAUGUGGUAUAGGGGUCCACCCUGUGAGGCAUCAGAACUGUUUGUCCACCUCCAAGGUGCACAGAAGCAAGGAUCUCUUGCAUGAACAAGCUUUAGGGAGGAAAAGCAGCUGCAUACACAGAAUUGGAAAGGUAUCUCUGGUAGAAUAGGUAAGGGAGCAGUUUAAGAUUUUUAAAUAGAAAACAGAGUAACUGAGUUUUGGGGUUUUUUAAAUUGCUUUGACUGGAGGUUUGCCUGUUUUCUAAUCAACAGAAAGUUGCAAUGUAUACUGAGGUUUUUGUUGAUCAAUGCAAAAUGUGCCUCUCAACUAUAAUGCAAAAGUCAGUCUGUCUCACUUUGUUUGCAAUGCAAGAAAUUCAACUGAAGACUGAUUUAAUUCUUGUUUCUUGCUCUUAAGUGUUAACAUCCACAGAACAGUCCUUGCUGGUCUUUCCCAAGCACCAUACAACACUAUCUCCCUAUUUCACAGCAAAAAAGGGAUUGCAUUGAGCACUGGAACCUGCUGAACUUCCUUGGUUUGAGAGAGACACCGGAGAGAAGAGUUCAGGUUCCAUGUGUUUUAAAUAUAACUUUAAAGCAAUGCAGCUACUCUGUCAGAUCAGCACCAUUUUCUACCUUUCCCUCCAUUUAAAUUGGAAUAUAAAAGUAAACUCAGCAAUAUGUGAUCCAGUUGAUGUGCUUGCAGGUGGAACAUGGGGUUUUUGAAAUUUGAGGACUGAGAAUUUCUCUUGUAUGAAAGAACUCGGUAUGGUACAAAAGUUUGGAUCUCUGAUUACAGCUCUUUUGUCAGCUUGCUAAAUGCAAGUACUUCGAACUCUUCUGAAGACGACUGUGAUGGAAGAGCUGUGAAGGUGUAGGCUGGAACUUACCAUUUUAGGUCAUCUGUGUGUUGCUCGACUACAUGGACAAUGUAUUGGUGAUUUUACAGAUUGAUAUCCAUGUGUCAGUCACAAAUAACUCUUAAUUUGCUGUUUGGGGUGAAACUGUUAAUAGAUACAUUUCCAGAUCAAAUUAAGAGCCUAAUUUUCCAUCUUGCAUUAACCGAGUUACUGUGUUCACAUGCCAGAAAGAUGUUGCUCUUUGAAAAAGCAUGUUAGUGUGUGUGGCAAUGACCCAUGCACUUUUUAAAUACCUAGAUCUUGUACGUUCUCACCUGAGUAUUGUUAACCAUGCUGUAGUCUGACAAAUGGAUCUUUUACUACUGCCCUGUUAUAUAGAAUAAUUGUAAUUAACUGCAGUUUGUUUUUCCACUACUUGAAGUUGUGUGAUCUGAAAAUUGGUGAACAAAAAGUAUUUGUGCAUCUUACUAUGGGUAUCUCUAAAUAAAAUGUAUUUGUAUAGUG